AUGGCCACCAUGGAGAAGAUAUUUGCCGGCUACGCCGCACGCCAGGCCGUCCUGGAGGCGAGCAAUAACCGCUUCGCCAAGGGCAUCGCCUGGAUCGAGGGCGAGCUUGCUCCUCUCGCCGAGGCUCGCAUUCCGCUUCUCGACCAAGGCUUCAUGCGCAGCGACUUGACCUACGACGUGCCUGCAGUCUGGGACGGUCGUUUUUUCCGACUCGACGACCACAUUACUCGGUUGGAAGCCAGUUGCACAAAGUUGCGACUGAAGCUCCCCCUGCCUCGGGAUGAAGUCAAGAAAAUAUUAGUCGGCAUGGUAGUCAAGAGCGGCAUUCGGGACGCCUAUGUUGAGUUGAUCGUGACGCGCGGGCUCAAGGGUGUCCGUGGCUCCAAGCCCGAAGAAAUCAUCAACAAUCUCUACAUGUUCAUCCAGCCCUAUGUUUGGCUAAUGGAGCCUGAGAUACAGUCAGUCGGCGGUAGCGCCAUCAUUGCGAGGACGGUACGACGAGUCCCCCCUGGGUCUAUGGAUCCCACUGUGAAGAACUUGCAAUGGGGAGACCUGGUUCGCGGUCUCUUUGAGGCCUCCGACCGCGGCGCCACUUAUCCAUUUCUUACAGAUGGAGAUGCCAAUCUUACAGAGGGGUCUGGAUUCAACAUCAUUCUUGUCAAAGACGGCGCUCUCUUCACGCCCGAUCGUGGAGUUCUCCAGGGCGUAACGCGACAGAGCGUCUUUGACGUAGCCAAAGCCAACAACAUCAAAGUCCACGUGGAAUUUGUACCGGUAGACCUGGCUUACAAUUGCGAUGAGAUUUUCAUGUGCACGACUGCUGGUGGCAUUAUGCCCAUCACAACUUUGGAUGACAAGCCUGUCAAUGGUGGUAAGACCGGACCUAUCACAAAGUUAAUAUGGGAUGGAUAUUGGGCACUACACUACGACUCAGUGUUUAGUUUUGAGAUUGAUUACAAUGCAGCUUAA